AUGGAUAUUUCUGUCGAAGUAAGAACUGCAAUAAACGGAGCAAAGAAACAAGUUAUUGCUUGCAAAAGCGCCCAAGAAUUGUCCGACAUUAUUCUACAAUUUGUUCAUCUGCUGGACAGCUCACAUGCAGGCUACUCACAGAAGGAACUCCCUCUAUCGUCUUGUGGUAUUCGUUAUUCAGUUGAGUUCAGGAAAGAGUUUUUGUCUCGACACUACAGUAAUUUUUGUGAGCAUAUUUUGAUCCAUGCUGUCCCACGUUUUUUAAGAGAUGAGAAGUGUAUUUUAACUAGACUAUUUGUAGAAGGCCCAGCAGAAUUGUCUUUGCCAGCUCUGGUAUCUGCAAUUGCAUCUAUAACUCACACAGACAAACUACAUCUGAUUGUUUCGAUCCUUGAUGAUUUUGCAUCUCAUGGUAAAUUUACUGAGCUAUUCAUGUCUCAGUGUUUGGUUGACUCCCCGAAGAUUCAAACCCAAGAGUUAUUAAUGGUCGUUACCUCGUUACCAGACAAAUUAGCCAAUAAGAUGAAGCUAGCCCUGAAUGGAAAAUUUCAUCCAAACAUUUACUACACAAUGCUCGGCAAAGAAAUAAUAAAAACAAUAAUCAAAGUUCAUGAAAUUGCUUGCAAAACAACUGACUAUUCAACAUUAUUCUUAUCAAACCUUAUCGGGAAAAUUGCUCUCCGUGGCUCAACAGCUACCCUAUUUGAUGUCAUUCUACCCCAAUUAAAAGAAUGGUGUUAUACUAGUCCAUUGUGGUCAAAUACUUGUUCAACGUUGUUUCUACAAGUCCCAGAGUCAGCCUUAGAGCCUGUUAUUGAGUGCUUGCUAAAGAAAAUUAAAUUCUACCCAUUUUUCUGUAAGAUCUUGAAAGAUAGUGUGCUCUCAAAUGCUGUUGUCAAACAUCUUAUAACGCACAAGUUCCUCUUGGUGAGAUAUUAUAAAGAUCCCAACAUUCUUCAAAAUAUUAUGGGUUACCUAUGUGCCGACACCCGAAGGACUGUUCUUAUUGAUGUCCUUAAAACAAUGUUAGGUCAUUGGAGUAACUCAAAUACUAUAAAACAUUCCUCAUACGAACAGCAUUUCUACAUCACUGAAGCUAUAAUCCUAGCUACUAUUCAACUGAAUGCGACCGAAAUUUCCGAGAGUAAAAAUGACCUACUUCAUAAAAUGUUAUCUGGUGUUCAGGCACACUUGGAAAACCCAAAUAACAAAAUACAGCAACUUGGGAUGGUUACUGCCGAGUGCAUGACUACGUGCUUGCAUCCCGAUGAUCAGAGACUAAAGUUUGAAAUAGAACAAGAUGAUGACGUAAAAAUAUUGAGAGAUUUAGCUGCGUCACCGAAAUUUGGUUCCGAUUUUGAAAAACAAAACUUUUUGAAUAAGGAAAAUGUUGUUGAAAAUGCCUUGGAUAAGACGCCAACUAAUCAUGAUGUAAAUGACUUAAAUGGCACCAAUAAUGGGAAAGCAUCGUUAGAUGAUGAUAACGAAGAUGAUUUGCAGCCGUUUGAAAUGUCUGAAGGUGAUAAUGACCUUGUUGAAGGAAUACGCCCACCAAGAUACCUAUCUCAGUGCAUUGAUGGUUUGUUAGCAAGUGAUGACCCUAAACGGCACAUAGCAUCGUUACGUGUUCUAACAAAGGUUACUAAGAUUGAUUGUGAUAAUUUGCCUCAUCAGUGUGUGCAACUUGUGACCAUUCUCCUUCACUUGCAGGAUAAGUACUCAUUAGAGAAGUAUAACGAGCUUAGGUUUGCUGCAAUGGUUGAAGUGACUGUCAGAUGUCCCAUACAAGUUGCUGGCUAUCUAACUAAGGAGUUUUAUGCCCAGAAUUAUAGCCUACGGCAAAGGAUGGACAUUCUAGACAUCCUUGCCACAGCUGCAGUGGAAUUGUCAAAACCAGACACAAGCAAAGAGGCUUCUAACAGUCACUUGAGUACCACGGUUUUGGCAAGUUCUGUGAAUAUUUCUGAAGAGGCUGCAACAAAGAAUUGGAAAACUGUUGUCCAAGAACGCAUAGACAAAAAGACAAGAAGGUUUAGCAAGAAAUCAUCAGUUGUCGCACCCAAAGCGUCGUUAAAUAAGUUUGCAAAUGUUGCAGGACAUUUUUUCUUCCCUCUUCUACAAGGGUAUGAUAAUCAACAGAACACAUUUGAUCUUCUCGGCAAAGACUGUAUGGUGUUAGGGUCGUUAACAUGCUCGUUAGGGAAUAUCAUGUAUAGUGCACGAGGGUCACUCAUUGCUCAGAAUAUGGCAAAGUCAUUACUUGAGUUUGUGUGGGUGUUGAGGUAUCAUAAUGAUGCCCACGUUAGGCAAGGGUUGUUGUUCUCGUUAGCAAUGGUUGUCGUUAGUGUGCCUGGAUUCUUCUUGAUGACUGAAGUGCAAAGCGAGCUGGCCGAGUGUCAAAGUUGGUUAGAGAAUGUGCUUCAAAAUGAUCCUAGUAGUCAGUGUCGAGAAUUAGCAUUGCAAGUGUUGGUCUCAAUAAGGGAUGUUUUUCAAAAACAAUUCAAUUCUGUUUCAGACUAA